UCCUGCCCCGCAGCGCUCCGGCGCCGGCAGCCGGCCAUGGCUUCCAAGCUGCUGCGGGCCGUGGUGCUCGGCCCCCCCGGCUCGGGCAAGGGCACGGUGUGCGAGAGGAUCUCCCGCAGCUUCGGGCUCCAGCACCUCUCCAGCGGGCAGUUCCUGCGGGAGAGCCUCGGCGGCGGCGGCGAGGCUGGAGCCCUGGCACAGCAGUACCUGGAGAGAGGCCUCCUGGUGCCCGACCACGUCAUCACGCGCGUGAUGAUGACGGAGCUGGAGAAGCGGCGGGAGCAGCCCUGGCUGCUGGAUGGUUUCCCCCGGACGCUGAGACAGGCCAAGGCGCUGGAUGGCAUCUGUGAGCCGGACCUGGUGAUCAGCCUGAACAUCCCCUUCGAGACGCUCAAGGAUCGCCUGAGCGCCCGCUGGGUGCACCCGGCCAGCGGCAGGGUCUACAACAUGGACUUCAACCCGCCCCAGGUGCAGGGUGUGGAUGACCUGACGGGAGAGCCGCUGGUGCAGCGUGAGGAGGACAGGCCCGAGGCCGUGGCGGCGCGGCUCAGGACGUACAAGGACGCUGCCAAGCCCGUGAUGGAGCUCUACAGGAGCAGGGGCAUCCUUCAUUCCUUCUCUGGCACGGAGACCAACAAGAUCUGGCCCUACGUGUACACCCUGCUGUCCAGCAGGAUCCCACCCGUCCUCCCGGACGAGGAGCACUAAACAGCUCGUGCCAAGGACCAGGAUUUCAUUCCAUCGUGGAUUUGGCUCCCAGUGCAGUGCCAGGGCUGUGCUGGGCAUGGGUGAUGGUGAACUGGGUGACGUUGGUGGAUACCAGCCGUCAGGUCUGAUAUUAGAGAUCAGAUCUUUGUUCAGAAGGUCAAGUCUGCUGGAAUAAGGGUUUUUUUUCCCCCUCUUUUGGGGUUUUCCUGCCUGUGGUCCAUCCCGGAUUGGUGGUGCUGACCAGGGCAUUGGUCAUUCCAGGUUUACACAGCUUUGCCAUGGUGUCCUUGGAUCCCUCUCCAGCCCCCAAUCCCUGGCUGAGCCCACGUGUGCCAUCCUGUUGUUCCACAGGACCUUUUACUGCUGAGGACUCUCUAGGCUGAGGGCUUUGGGUUUUUUUCCCCCCUAUAAAUUAUUUUCUCUUAAACUUAUUUCUCAGAGAAUUAAAUCUUUAGAAAGCAAAACUUAGCCCACUGGGAAUUCUGGGAGCAACGUGGAAAACGCAUUUUCUACAAAGCUGAGAGACGUGAGGAUCGCAUUUCCAGCAUUCAUACACGCAAAAGAGGCAAAAAGUGGAGGUGAAACACUCCCCUAUGCUCUUCCCACAGGGAGAGCUGAAUUCCCAGCUAGAAAAAUCUGCUGUCCAGGUUUUUAUGGAAUGCUGUGAGACUGAGCAGGGUCUGGGCUGGGGGUGAGUUGCUCUCCUCUGUGCUCUUCUGGUUUAUAGCUUUUAAUACUACAAGAUAGAGAACUCCUAAGUGUCUCUCCCAAAGGUUUAUCUCCAUCGUGUGCUUCGUUUUUGGGGAGAAAUCAGCUCAUUUCAUCUUGUGCUGCCUUUGUCCCCGAGGUCAGGGGGCCUUCAGCUGCUCCUGCUGCCUUCCCCAGCAAAGUGACGCCCUCCCCACGAAAUCCCAGAGAGCUUUCCUUCCUCGGGAUCCAUCCAGGGUUUUCCCGUGAUUUACAGCAUCCCUGGAUUGCAUUGGGGGCCGGGUUUUUCUCAACUGGAAGCGCUGUCACCCUCUUUUUGUAGGGUGCAGUACCCGAGCAAAGGGGACAAAAUUCCCGCCUCCUCGAGUUGCCUUAUUUUAUAAACUAUAUAUUUAAGGAGAAAAAAAAAAAAAAUAAAAAAACAAAAGCAAGGUGCGUGUUUGUAAAGGUUUAAAACCAACCAACCAACAAACAAAAAGCGCUGAAUUUUAGCAUCACCUUUUGGGAAUUGUGCGUGGAGCUGCUGGAUCCGUAGGGAACGCUGCUUCUGCCAGGGGGGCUCACAGGAGGGCAGGAACCUGGCACUGCCUGGCCCCUCUUGGAUGAAUCAGAGCAGCCCGGGCACCUUUCUGCUGCUGGAUGUCCCUGGGUUCAUUUUUCCUCAGAGAGAGGCAGGGAAAGGGGAAUGACCGGAUUUUUUAGGGAUUUUUUUCCUUCAGAGCCUACCUGGGUUUAUUUAUCCCAGCUGAGCAUCCUCGUGCUGACCAAGGAUCCCCUAAAAUUUGCUUCAUCCUGGCAGCUUCAUCCUGGUGCUCUCCCCAGCGGAGCCAGAGCGGGAUCACUGCCCACAUCCCCCCUGCUCCUCCCUGCCUGGGGGAGAGGCCAAAGUGCUCCCACGCUGCUCCAGGUGGGAAUUUUCCUGCUGGGAACAAAGGAAUUGUCAGGUCUCACUGCUGUCCCAGGAGGCCUUUCCGUGCCCUGGUGCUGGGAGGCUGCAAAUCUUCCAGCCGGCAACGAAAUCCUAUUUCAGAAAGAUUUGGGAUUUUCCCAUGACCCUGGGAUGAAAGUCUGGGCUGGUUUUAGACACAAAUCCAGAAAUAGCCGAAACUUGUGUGCUGCUUUCUUUGGAACAGCUUUGGGCAGGAGGGGAGGAGAUUUCAGUUUGUUUUGGGUUUUUGGGUUUUUUUUUAGCUAUAAAAGCAGCUGAGUGCCAGGCAGAGGGGCCGAUCCCUGCUUUGCUCUGUCCUGUCCUUGUGUCCUGCCUUUCCCUCCUGCAAAAUUCCUCCAGAAGAGAGAAUUCCACGCAGCCCAGCACAGGAGAGGCCUGCAGAUGCUUUUUCCAGGCUUCGAGCCCCAUCAUGGGUGUAGAAAUCCCGCGGCUGUGCAUGCAUCCAGCCCUGGGGACGGAUUUUCCUACCGGACCCGUCGCAUUUUUCCGAGACCAAAUUCCAGCAGGGAUGGGCCCCCGUCCCUCGCCGUGCCCCUGCCGCGCUCCCUUUUGGUAUUUUACUGUGAAUCCCAAACCUUUUGUAAAGCCACAGCAAUUUUGUACCGACCCGAGAUACUGUGUGGAGGGAGGAGCCCCUCUCCCCCCUGGAAUGUCACGCCGAGUUUUCUUCCCGGAGAUUUUUCUUCCCGGAGUUUUUUCUUCCCGGUGAAUCGCUGCCAGAUGUGUUACUGCGAUGUAAAUAAAGAUAUUAUUUU